AUGACGGACGAAACGUCGCUUCCUAUCCUGUUAAAGUUCGAGCCCAACAAGAUGGCGUGGAUGUCUUGGAGGUCACGGUACCAGAACUUUAUUAAACUCCAAAAGGUCACCGACGAAGAGGAGCAGAAGCGGGUUCUGCUGGAUUCAUUAGGUGUGGAAGCCUAUGAAAUGGUACACGCUAUGUGCCUGCCGAACGAUCCAGCCGACAAGACACUCGCAGAAGUUCUCGCCAAACUGGAAAGGGCAUACGUGAAAAAGACCCUGAAAUCCACCGAAUGGGCCAAGUAUUUCGUAUUGAAGCAGGAUACGGGCGAAACUCUUUUGGAUUUCGCAAACAAACUCCGCAAAAAGGCCAUCCUGUGCAGCUUCCCAGCGGACGUUCUGGAGGACAACAUGAAAGCAACCUUUUUGAACGGGCUGCAGGGAAAGGCUACCAGGCGACAUCUGAUGUCGAAGGACUACGACACACUGGAUAAAGCUCUGGAGCUGGUGGAACAGUUCGAGCUAUCCCAGGCUAGCGCGAAGAAGGCGCCGGGCAGUGUGGACGUAGCGCGCAUCAGUGGUGGGCCGAGGCGGGGCGGCGGUCAAGGUCGUCAACGCGGAAAUCGUCGUGGUACGGGACAGAGAGCGCGUGGCGGCGGAGCAAGCCAGAACGCGGCGGGUAGCAGUGCGAAUUGCUACGGCUGCGGUAAUUCAGGCCACGUCCGUGCAGACUGCUGGGCGAAGGAUGUCACCUGCCGCAAUUGUAACAAGAAAGGUCACAUUGCGAAGAUUUGCACUGCGCCCAGGCAGAACCAGCAGCGUGGAGACGGACGACACACAAUGCUAGUCGAAGAAGAAUUCGACGUGUUGGCAGUGGAAGCGGCUGGCAGCCAGUCCAUACGCAUACCGCUGAAGUUGAACGGCACGCCAGUGCCAGCAGUGCUGGAUACGGGAUCAGGCGUUACCAUCGUCACGGCAGAGACGUGGAGGAGGAUUGAUUCGCCGCGACUGUCCCCGUAUACGCAGCCGCUGAGGAGCUUCACUGGCCAUGCGCUGACAGUAAUCGGGACCGCCACCGUGGACGUGCAACGCGCUAGCGUACGGAAGCAGUUGCCGGUGGUGGUAGUGGGCCGUGGUGGCGAUGUGAUCGGCCGCGACUGGAUACGCGCCCUGGAUCUGAGCCACAUGAGCCUACGUGACCUGCAGGCUAGUUCAGUGUAUAGCGUUGCGAGCAGUCUGGAAGAAGACCUCGACCGGCACAAGGAAGUGUUUCGCGAUGAGCUGGGUCAUUGCAAGCGGUAUAAGGCGCGUCUCCAUUUGAAACCGGGAGCACGGCCAGUGUUCUGCAAACCCCGUACAGUGCCAUUCGCGUUCCGGGAGGCGGUCGAGAAGGACCUGGAGCGUUUGGUGGAGCGCGGCAUACUCACUCCAGUCGAACACGCCGAUUGGGCGGCGCCCAUUGUGGGGACGCUGAAGAGGGCUGGAGAUGUGCGAACGUGUGCCGAUCUAAGCACUGGUCUGAACGACUCGUUAGACGUUCAGAAGUACCCGCUCCCAACUCCUGACGAAUUAUUCGCCAAGUUAAACGGCGGAGAGAAAUUCAGUACGCUGGAUCUCGCCGAGGCGUAUGCCCAAGUGGAACUGGACGACGACAGCAAACAGCUUGUGGUUAUCAAUACACACAAGGGACUGUUUCGGUAUAAUCGACUGCCGUUCGGAGUCGCCAGUGGGCCCAGUAUAUUCCAGCAAAUUAUGGAGCAGAUUCUCCAUGGCUGCGAAGGUGUGGCCAUAUACCUUGACGAUAUUAUCGUCACCGGCGCCACGGAUGAAGAGCACCUGCGAAACCUCGAGUGUUUGGAGGCCGAAAAGAGAUACCGGUGGUGA